AUGAGUGAUUGUAUGGAAGUUUUGUUUGUCAGCGAUGGCAAUGGUAGGCAAACAGCAAAUUGCUUCAAUCCUAAUGUUGGAACUACAUUGAUGACAUAUAAUGGAAGUGGAGGUGCCAAGAGAACUCUUUCAGUUAUCGGAAAUGAUUAUCUGAUCUCUGCAGAUCUUAAUAAACCCAUCCUAAAUGUGUGGUCUCUGAACAGUCAAGAAUGUUCACACAAUUUGAGAAUGGUUAUUUCUGGGAAACCAUCUUGCCUUACUGUUUCUUUGGAUGGUUAUUAUUGCAUUGCUGGAAUCGAUGAAAAAAUAUAUAUAUGGCAAAUUUCAUGUGGGGCUUUGUUAAAUACCCUUUCCAAACAUUAUCAAAAAGUAAACAAAAUAGUUUUCACAGAUGAUUCAUCUCAUUUUUUAACAGCAGGAGAUGAUGGGUUAGUUUGUAUGUGGAAAUUAGGAGAUGUUAUCGUCAAACAAUCUGCAUCUCCUGUCUAUACUUUUUCUCAUCAUUCUUUACCCAUCACAGAUAUUUUUGUGGGGUCUGGAAAUUUAAAAUCUAGACUUUUUACAGUAUCAUCUGAUCAAACAUGUAAAAUAUAUUGUUUAGGAACUGGUGAAUUAUUACUUUCAAUCGUUUUCUCAUAUGUAUUAACAGCUGUCACUGUAAACGAAUUAGAAACUGAAUUAUUUGUGGGGACUUACAAUGGAAAAAUAGAAGUUUUCCACCUUGAACCAUAUCCGAGGGGAUUAGAGUGUCAUACUUCAAAUGAAACAAAUUUAGAAGAAACUCUUAUUGGACACACGAAAACAGUUACCUGUUUAUCAUCGUCAUUAGAUGGCGUGACCCUAGCAUCUGGUUCUGAGGAUGAAAAAGUUUUCUUGUGGAACAUACCGAGCAAACAAUUGAUAAGAUCAUUCGAAAUGAAAGGACCAAUAACAAAUUUAUUUUUUCAUUUUGCUUCGAGUAAUAUAUUCACAGAUUCAUUUAAACCCCAGUUGGUUAUUAAUAAAUUUGAAAAAACUAGCACUCAAAGUGAUAAAAGUCUUGUAGCUAACGUUUGGGUUCAUCAAGACCUAAAACCUUUGAGCAACAGACUGGAAUUGAGUGAUAAAAGAAAAAGUGAACCUCAAACCGACAAUCAAUUGAAGACUUUCAACGAUGAAUUUGUUUCGUUGAAAAACGAAAUAAGUAAAUUAAAAGAAGCUAACAAACAACUUUACCAAUUUGCGAUGAAAGAAAUCAUACAAAAUCCAUAUUCUAUUGGCAUGAAAAAAUAA